AUGUCGCUUACGGGGUGGGGUGGCAGACUGUGUCCACUACAGAGACAACAAAUCAACAUUGAAUUUAAUAUAACCAAUUAUAUCUAUCUAUCUAUCUAUCUAUCUAUCUAUCUAUCUAUCUAUCUAUCCUCACCUGAAGAUCGCAAGAGCGUGAAAAUUGAUCUUCUCAUAUCUAUCUAUCUAUCUAUCUAUCUAUCUAUUGAUCUAUUCCCGUUAUGUGCGUAUGUUUAUCAUGUCAUACUUUAUGUUAAUCCUUCUUUAUGGCAUUAUCUAUCUAUCUAUCUAUCUAUCUAUCUAUCUAUCUAUCUAUCUCAUUCUAUUCCUAUCUAUCUACCUCACUAUAUUCGUAUCUAUCUGUCUAUCUAUCUCAGUCUAUUCGUAUCUAUCUAUCUAUCUAUCUAUCUAUUCAUUAUCUAUCUAUCUAUCUAUCUAUCUAUCUAUCUAUCUCACUAUAUUCGUAUCUAUCUCUCUAUCUAUCUCAGUCUAUUCGGAUCUAUCUAUCUAUCUAUCUAUCUAUCAUCUAUCUAUCUUUUCCUAUCUAUCUACCUCAUUAUAUUCGUAUCUAUCUGUCUAUCUCUCUCAGUCUAUUCGUAUCUAUCUAUCUAUCUAUCUAUCUAUCUAUCUAUCUAUCUAUCUAUCUAUCAUUCUAUUCCUAUCUAUCUACCUCACUAUAUUCGUAUCUAUCUCUCUGUCUAUCUCAGUCUAUUCGUAUCUUUCUAUCUAUCUAUCUAUCUAUCUAUCUAUCUAUUCAUCUAUCAUCUAUCUCACUAUAUUCAUAUCUAUCUAUCUCACUAUAUUCAUAUCUAUCUAUCUAUUCAUUCAUCUAUCAUCAUUCUAUCUAUCUAUCUCAUUCUAUUCCAUUCAUUCAUUCUAUCUAUCUCACUAUAUUCAUAUCUGUCUAUCUAUCUUAGUCUAUUCGUAUCUAUCUAUCUAUCUAUCUAUCUUUAUAUAUAUAUAUAUAUUAUUCUAUUCCUAUUCAUUCUAUCUAUCUAUCUAUCUAUCUAUCUAUCUAUCUAUCUAUCUCACUGUAUUCAUAUCUAUCUAUCUCACUAUAUUCAUAUCUAUCUAUCUAUCUAUCUAUCUAUCUAUCUAUCUAUCUAUCUAUCUAUCUCACUAUAUUCAUAUCUAUCUCACUAUAUUCAUAUCUAUCUAUCUAUCUAUCUAUCUAUCUAUCUAUCUAUCUCAUUCUAUUCCUAUCUAUCUAUCUAUCUAUCUAUCUAUCUAUCUCACUAUAUUCAUAUCUGUCUAUCUAUCUUAGUCUAUUCGUAUCUAUCUAUCUAUCUAUCUAUCUAUCUAUCUAUCUAUCUAUCUAUCUAUCUAUCUUUAUAUAUAUAUAUAUAUAUUAUUCUAUUCCUAUCUAUCUAUCUAUCUAUCUAUCUAUCUAUCCUUUAUUGA